AUGGCGGGAAUGCUUGUUAAAAGAAGAAAUUUCUCUGAAGCCUUAGGGUGCUGUGGGGUAAGAGUGAGCCAGAAUGCCAUUGUGUCUGAAACAAACCAACUGUGUGGUGUUUAUCUCUUAAUUUUGUGUUUAUUUACUGGUUACCGAUUCAUAAUAAUCAUUUCUGAAUAUUUAUACCGUAGUCUGUAUUGGCUCCGUCCCAUAGUGGUCCAGAAUCACCCAAAUCUCGUCAAAACUACACAAGUAUAUAAAUUUCUUCUUGGGCGUCGGGACAAUGCUGAUGGGCGUGCUGGUCAUGACGUCACUCUUCCUCUUCAACGACUGCCGGUCAAAGAAGUGUUCGAGGGACAAGUCCUUCGUCAGUCAGUCUUCAGUUUCAUGUGGAUCGUCUCUGGGGCCAGCAUCCUUCUUGUAGCCUCCCUCUUAGCCCGAAGGGAGUCGGCCAGUACUGCGAGAUCCCCUCAAGCCAGGCGGCCGAGGGUGGGUGCCAUCUACCCGGUGCCAGGGUCGGGGCGGGGCCGAGAAGGUGCCAAGUGCCAAGUGGAAGAUCCUCCUCCACCUUAUCAGGGCUUGGAUACCUCGCUUCCUCCUUAUGCUUGUGUAGUGUGAGAGUUUUUUUUAUUUUUGUUUAUUUUUAUUUUAUUUUUUUUUAUUAUUU